AUGUUGAAGGAGGAAGAAAGUCAAGAACAGAGCAGUGAGAUAAAGGAAAACAUGGCAUCCAGAACAGAAUACUAUCUUGAAUCACUCAUAACUGAUGCUUUUAAGGGAAAGGGAUUUCAGAAAAUAAAUGAACUGUUUGAAGAAAAAGAAAUUUACCCUCCUCAAAAAUACAGCAAACAAUUGUUUAACCAACUUGACAAAGUGUUGAAAAAGGAGUUGGACAAGAAUGAAUUCCAAAAUGUUUCCUUGUUAUUGAAAUGCAUUCAGAUGUACUUUAAAAGUGAUCCUCAAGAAGGGGCAAGCUUGCUUAUUCAGCAAGGGCUGAUACCAAAGAUGGUAUCUUGGUUUGAAAGAGCAAGAGAAUUUUUGAUCCUCAUAGAGCCAGCACAGAAUAAAUCUCUGCUGAGACUUGUGGAAGAUUUCUUUGACUCUGCGUUGGUCAUUUGCAAAUGCAACAGUGAAGGAAAGAAACAGUUGCUGGAUUCAUUCUUACCUGACCUAGGACAGCUAGUGACUGAAACAAAGGUUGGCUGUGCACUUCGGCAGGAGGCUUUGAGGACUCUGAACUCCAUGCUGGACAGUGUACCACGGGAAGAGAGAAGAAAAUUUCCUAUGUCUGAAGAAAUGUGUUCGCUUACGAAAGAUCUGGCAAAAACAAUUCUGGAGGUUGGUGAUUAUGACCUUCAGGUUGCUCUUUCGGAAGCACUGUGUAGGCUGAUAACAAAAAAAUGGAGGGAUGACCUUGUUCACAACUGGUUUGAAGAUGAUUAUCUUGCUGAAGCUUUCAAAGAGAUAAAGGAUAGAGAAUUUGAGACGGACUGCAGAAAAUUUCUCAAUCAACUAAAUGACAGACUUGGGGAUAAAAAAAGAGUUUAUUCAUUUCCCUGCAUAUCUGCUUUUGCCGACAUGGAGGAGGUGAAGAAGCCAUCAGAUGAGAAACUGGAGGAGUUUUGGAUUGACUUCAAUGUUGGAAGUCAAAGUGUGUCUUUCUACAUAGACAGCGCUGAGGGUGCUCUUUGGGACUCAGUGAGGCUGCCAAGGGAAGUGGUCAGUAGUUACAGUCUGAGAGAGGAUAACGGAGAAGAGAUAGUUAAAAUUUACAUGAAGAACCCUACUAUGAUCAAUGGCAAAGAAGUAACAAAAAUCAAAAUUCACUUCAGUGCCAAAUUUGAUAUUUUAAAUACACUCAAUGAAGUUCUGGGAAAAGACAAAAUGAUGGCAAUAAUAACUAAUGAAUCCAGCUACUUACAGUGGAAGAAAGAUUCUACAAACAUUGAAAAAACAGACUCUUUAUCUGAUAUCCUAACAUCACAAUAUAGUGAUCAAUCACAUAAAACGAGUUCUGGUAUCACUACGAGCAUGGGAAGCCAACAGACUGAAACCGAAGAUGCUAAGCUAAGCCAAGAGUGUGAAGCUGCAGUUUCCCAAAUUCUUUCAGCAAAAAAGUCUAAAACUCCAUCACCUAAACUGAAUGAUAAAACCAGUGAACCAUCCAUAGAAGAACAGCCAGAUAUACAGUUUGUAGAAGAACAUUCCCCAGAGAUUGAUGAAUGGGAGAAGAAAAAUAGAAGAACAAGCUUAGGCAAAGAAAUAAUAGAAGCAAAGAUGAAUUCCUAUGACUUUGAAAAUUCAUCUGACUCUCUGCAUUAUGAGAAGGUUUCUGAAGCAAAACAAAAAAUUCUUGGCCAGAGGGUUUCUUUACAAAACCAGAGGAAACAUCUUUUCUCCGAAAGUAAUCGUGACACUGCAAGCAAUAGUCACAGUGAAAAGAGCUGGAUCCUUGAUUCUCAGAAAAAAUCACUACCAAAAACCCUAGAUUAUACCCGAAGAAGGCCCAGGGUCAGGAGUAAAUUAAAAGUGUUGCCGUUAUCAUCUGCAAGUAGUGGCAGUGAUUACCACACAAAGAAACUACAGGCUGCAUGGCAUGCCACCAAACUACACUUCAAACAAUGGACAGUAGUGAUGCCAAACUUUUCCAGUGUUCCAAAUGUUGCUGUUUCAAGACCAACAAUGCACAGGGAAGUGCUGAAGAAGGAAAUUAAAUCCAGUGCAAUGAGGCUUGAUUUCUCUGCAGUGGAGCUCCCUGAUGAUUUGGAAGCAGACGAUCUGACACUACCAUUAAGUGCAUCUUCCCAUGAGUAUUCUGAUGCUGGAGAGAAGAAGAAAUAUGUGGAGGUAUCCAGUAAAUUACCAGGAGAAGAUAAAGUCUCCAAAUUUAAACGAAAAGGUUCAGAUCUAUCGCCUGGUGGUGUCGUUAAAAAGCGCAAACUUUCAAGAUGGGAAAUGGGUCAGUCAUCUCCUGGCAUUUCCCCUGAGCCAAGAAAACUUUUUGAUUCAAUAGAGAAGAAAAAGGAGAUUCAAACAGGUGGGGAAUCGGAUGAAUCAGAUGACAUCUUUGUCUCCAAGAUACUGCAUGAGGACGUCAGUGAUUCUGGUGUCAUUGCUGCCUUUGAAAGCUUUACCAAACAACUAACGAAAACAUUCUGGUCCAGGUACAAAAGAAUGGAGAUUUGUGCAAAGAAUGCUUUGAAGACCUCUGAAAAAAGUGUGUCCGCUUUAUUAAAUCAGAUACAUCAAUGCAGACUGAAUAAAUUGGAGAACUUCCACAAGGUGGUUGUCCAAGAACUUGCCAAUCUUGAGAAGGAUGCUCAAAUUUUAUCCAUCCUUGAGAAGGACACAGUGGACUUUUGGAAUAAACAGUCCAUCAAACUGAGCUCUUUCUGUAAUCAUCAAAAGCAAAGGAUUCAGUCUAUGGAUUCAGUAUUGGAAGAAACUGCAAGGAGUUUUAAAGAUACAAUACAAAAUACAAAGUAUGAACAUCCACAGGAGAAGGUGAAAGAAAAUAGUAAGGUGUUCGUUGUUGCUUCUGAUUAACAAAACACUAUUGUACUGUAAAACAAUUUUUGAAGACAUCACACACCUUACAAAGUUCUAUAGAAGAACUUUGAGUCUUGUGGAAAAUAUGGAAGAUGUAUUUUCCUCAAUCUCUCCCCUCUCAAAAUAAUUACGAUGCUAUUUUUGACUUUUUUUUAAAAGAAGGUGCUGCUAAUUUCUCAGAUGUCUCCUUCCAUUGCAGUGCUACCUUUAGGUCCAACUUAUAUUUGAUGAGUUUCAAGGAUGAACAGAAAUCCAAA